AUGGCGCAAGGAGGUCGCCAUUCCCGACAAGCUACAAUGCAAAAUCUUAGUGAAGAAGAAAUGAAAAAACGUUUUGAAUUUUUAAAAGAACAAAGAGAUAAACUGGUGGAAAUGAAAAGAAAGGAACGAAGUAAAACUCUACAAACAGCAGAGAAAUCAUAUCCUAAGAGGCCAUCAUCUGCUCGUGUAGCUAAAGAAGCAAUGAGGCUUUCCCAUGUUCCAGAGAAAAAGAGUGUUAAUCCUGAUGAUGAAAAGAAAUUGGCCAUGAGACGUGCGAUAGCCAGUAGAAUUAAAUCUAAAGUAAUUGGGGAGAAGUGA